AUGCGACAUGGUGGAACAUCGUUCGUUCUAGCAUUGAUGCUUCUCUACACUCCCGUUAUAAGUAAGAAAGAAAUUGGGAAGCUCUACUUGGCAUUUGAUUACCGCAAUCCCAGUGAGAGUCUUAUUGAUGGUGAUAGAUGUGACUUCUUGCUCGCAUGCGAUGUCUACUUCUCCAUUUGUGUCCAGAGUACUGGAAGCACACCAUGCAACAUAUAUAGAGGCGAAAGCAGAGUUUAUGAAGAUGUAAAUGAAAUCAACUCUACUGAAAUGGAAAAGAUCGUGAUACCAUUGAACUCACCUAUCGGAACCAGCUUAGAAAUAGGCAUCGAUAUAUGGGACUAUGAUGGCAUUGAUGCUUCCGAUUUGAUAGCCCAUUUUGAUGGAACGUUCCAGACAAAAUCGCUUUCUUUACAAUGGACUCCAGUCCCAAUAAAUCGAACCGACUUCAUCUACCUAAACGAUGUCACCAUUUAUACUGUGUGGAGAGAAGGCAUUCCAAACCUCAGUUCAGCUGACAGUCGGACUAUCGACUUGACUGCCUUUAGAUUGACAGGUCCAACAUGUGACCAAAUCGAUUAUUGUGCGGAGAAUAAUUGUGCUGACUAUGCUACCUGCCAAUUAUUCACAAACGGUUAUAAAUGCGUUUGCGGUGCUUAUGAAGGUACCAAAUGUGAAAAGGGUUAUGACCCUUGCCAACCCAAAUCACCAUGCGGGCCAAAUGGACAAUGCAAGGCAGUGGGACCAGACUAUGCGUGUGAAUGCUUGACUGGAUGGGGAGGCCAACAUUGUGAUCGGCCGGAUUCAGAAUGUGAGAGCCCUGGAAGCAGAUGUGAAAUGACUGAUAUUUGUGCAGAAGAAUAUUGUUCGGGUCACGGUGUCUGCAUUUUCUACAGUAAAAGUAAAGUGAAAUUCCACUGUCAGUGUGAUACUGGAUGGGCGGGCGAGACGUGCAAGUAUCGAUCACAGUCUCCUUGUUAUAAAGCCAGCCAGAAACUCCCCGCCAAUCGGUCAGCGGUCUGUCUCCAUGGCGGUGAAUGUGUCGAUAGUCCAAAUGGAGUCGAUUUUAGUUUAUCCGUAUUGAUUGGAGCUGUUGCCUUCCUCUUAAUACUGGUAUUAUGCCUCUGGAAUGUCCGAAAGCGUAAAUCAAGAGAAGGAACAGCACCAAUGGUUUAUACAUCAACUCCCUUGACAAAACGUUCCACUGAAAAUCCUGCUAACUCACUUAUCAUGCCGUAUGCAAUUUAUAUAGCAAGCAAUGUAAGAAAUGCCAGGGAAAAUAAAGGAGACGAACCAAGGGUCUUCCGGAGACCAACUUCGCCGAUAGUUAGCGAACAGUCGAGCGGCCCUGCUCUUCCACCAAGGAACCGACUACUGGAAGCAUCAACCAGUGAUGAACAACUAGAUCAUUGA